AUGAAGGCGACGGUUAACACAAUAUUGUUCGAUAUAUCCAAGAACGAGCUAUUCAAAAUAAAUGAAAACUACAAGAUGUUACACCGCAAACUGAAAACUACGUGGAAAGUUAUGAUCAACCGAGAUGAGCUAUCCGAAAAUAUAUUGCAAGACGUAAAGAUCCUCGUGGUACCAGGACCGCAGAACGCAUUCACAGAUGACGAACUAGCCAGCAUGAAGAGCAUCGUAGAGAGGGGCGACUCUGUGUUGGUCAUCAUGACAGAUGGUGGAGAAGAGAGAAUGAACACUAAUAUCAACUUCUUUUUGGAGGAGUACGGUAUUGUUGUUAACAACGAUUGUGUGGUGCGAGCGAAAUAUCACAAGUUCUACCAUCCCAAAGAAUGCCAUAUAUCAAACGGGAUCCUGAACAGAGCCGUCUUAAAGAAUAUCAUGAAGAUGCCAAACUACACCAGUGAAUCUGAUGACUACCUUGAGGAACCCGCAACACCAAACUUUGUGUAUCCGUACGGCGCUACACUGACUGUAAAGAAGCCAGCGGCCGCCAUAUUGUCUACUAGUGACGUAUGUUAUCCUGUUAAGAGACCCGUUGCUGCUAUGUACUCAUCAGAAAAAACCGGAGGAAAACUGUUUGUGAUUGGCUCUGGUCAUUUCUUCGCUGAUCAAUACCUGGAGAGCGAAUGUAACGAUCUCAUCAGGGAGUUGAUCUUCAACCAUUUGGGUGGUAUCACGGACUUGCACCUCAACCCAGUGGAUGUAGAGGACCCUGACGUGAACGAGUACCGCACCUUGGGUGAUGUACUGUGGCUAAGCACAGUGCCUCUGCCUGUGCCUGCCACCGCACCUCCCCCGCGUCUCACACCCUUACACCCACACGCGCUCUUCACUUGGAGACUGUUCUCACUAAACCUGGCACAAUUGCCUGAAGUACUAGGAUUGUAUGAAGCACUGGGAAUCAAACAUGAGCCGCUACGUCUAAUCGCGCCGCAGUUCGAAACUCCGUUUCCUCCAUUACAGUUAGCUGUAUUUCCUCCGACAUUCCGAGAGCCUCCUCCUCCUCCAUUGGAGUUAUUCGAUUUAGACGAAGCGUUCAGCUCAGAGAAGUCACAGUUAGCUCGCCUCGCAAACAAAUGUCUGCAGCCAAACGCUACUAAAAUGGGCCAAGGUGAUGGUAGUCAAAUAGAGAACGAACUCGAGUACUUCGUCAGAGAAUGUGGUAGAGUCGUCCGUCUCUCCCGGGCCCAACCAACUGAAGAAGCUCCUUCGGCUAAAGUUAUUCUUCACCAGCUAGCGGUACAGCUGGCCACUUAUAAGAAAA